AUGAAGUUCGCCCGCUACCUAGGCGGAAACACAGUGCCUGAAUGGAAAAAGGUAUACAUCCAGUACCGUGGUCUCAAGAAACUCAUCAAGCGUGUCGCAGAGCAUCGCGAAGCACGCCUACGACUCGAAGCUGAGCUUGGCCUUGCUCGCGCCCGUUCUGGCUCUUCUUCUACUGCUGUUGCUGGUUCUAGCGCCAAUGCUGCACGCAGACGUAGGGUAGUCGCAUCAGAUCGAGAGGCACAAGACACUCUUGCUUCCAGUGCAGGCUAUCUGCGGCGCAAUGACUACGGUGGAACACAUGGCCCGGCUCCAGCGCUACCAGAGCUUCCGCCAGUGAGCUUGGCCGGAACAGGGCUUAGGCUUUCAUCGGAUCAUUUUGGUCAGGAGGACGCCGACGAAACAGGCGGAACGCAAGAUCUUGAAGCGCAAGCAAGUUACUCUGCAGAUACGAAAGCCAGUACAUCAGAGCAGCAACCGCUCGAAGCCACAUCCCCUCCUCGCACUGAAGCCCGAUAUGACCUCAAUGCAGACCCCUCCUCUCCUCCAUCCUUUACCGCCGCAGUAGGCCCUUCUCGCAAAGCCACUACAUCCAGCACCUCGAGCAAACGACAACUUGUUCCCCGCACAACCUCCUCCACUCGUUCCUUGCGCGCUGAAGCACCGGCGUCCACGCUCUCCGAACUCAUCUCGACCCAUUUCGAUAGCCAAGAAUCGAAACUCUUUUCGGCGUGCGAUGCAGAACUCGAACGAAUCGUCGCUUUCUAUGAAGCGCAAGAAGCUUCCGCAGCGAAACAAUUCACCCAACUGGCACGCCAACUCCAAGAACUCGCUGAACAUCGGCGCGAGCAUCGUGCCAAGUAUAGCAUUUCUGAUCACCAUCCUCCCUUGAAUUCGGCUCGCAAGAAUAGGCUUUCGCAACUCUUGUCGAGUAUUGCAGGAAAGCAGUUGUUGACCGAGGAAGUUGUGGAUCGGUUCAAAUUUCUGCCCGGUUUAAAAGGCAAGCAGACACCAGCCGGUCAACAUCCGAGGUUCUCCAUCGAACGGCAGCAGCAGGAUAGUGAUGAUGAUGCAGGCGACAGAAGAAGAACACUGGCUCUCGCAGCAAUGCAAGCUAGUUUGCGUGGAUGGGAUGACGAGACGGAUUCAGCGAUUAGAGAGGCUAAUAAAGCAGCUGCUAUGUCUCACGACCCGGAAGCAUACGCUGCUGCUCGCAAAAAGCUCAAAGCAGCCGUUCUAGAGUACUAUAGAUUCCUCGACACCCUUACCAACUACAAGAUCCUCAAUAGAACCGGCUUUGCCAAAGUCAUGAAAAAGUUCAGCAAAACGGUCAACGUUGCCUGCUCAGACCUCUACUAUCGUGAGAAAGUGGCACCCACCAUCCUCGUCACUUCGGAUCGCAUCGAAAAACUUCGUCGUGCAACUGAAGAUAUCUACACGGCCUAUUUCGAACAUGGAAACCGUAAACAGGCGCUCGAUCGGCUCAGGGCUAGGGAAGAUCAUACUACCCAUCACUAUAGCGUCUUUCGCAGUGGCUUCUACCUUGGCAUAUCACUCUGUGCCCUUGUAGCGGGCUUAGUGGAGGCGAUGAAGCCUGAGACUCAGAGAAGAGUGCCGCAGUGGGCAGCGAUGUUGAGGGUGUAUGGAGCAGAGUUCAUCCCCACCCUUUUUGCUUUGGGCUUUGGAUUGAAUCUGGCUUGGUGGCAUGCAGUGAGGAUCAAUACGGUCUUCAUAUUCGAAUGGGAUGUGAGGUCGACCAUGGAUCAUAGGCAGUUUUUUGAAAUCCCUGCGCUGCUUAUGCUCUUGUUGUCAUGCUGCUUUUGGGUGAGCUUUGUGAAUCCGUUUCCCGAUGCUAUAUACCCGACGACUUGGCCGACAGUAUGGUUGGUCAUUGCAGCCGUUGUCAUGCUGAACCCUCUGCCGAUAUGGAUGCCCGCUGGUAGGUGGUGGUUCACAAGAUCCCUCUUUCGGGUCUUGACCGCUGGGUGUAAGAGGGUCCAAUUCCGAGACUUCUUUCUAGGAGACGAGCUGAACUCAGUCGCAUGGUCGAUCAGCAACUUUUGGUAUAUCGGUUGCGAAUACCACCACAAUUGGGCUCACCCCGAUCGAUGUUGGCCCAACAAGACCUAUUGGACCUCUGUUCUUCUUUCCAUGCCCGCGGUCCUGCGUUUGGGACAAUGCAUUCGUCGUUGGAUGGAUAGCGAAUAUCGUACCCACCUACACCUUGUAAACGCCGGCAAGUACUGCUCUGCGAUCCUCAACAACUUUUUCUACCUGCAUUACCGCCGUAAGGGCUCGAAUGCUGGAGUGGAUCAGGCUUUGUGGAUCUUGUUCGCAACAAUCUAUUCACUCUGGCACAUUGCCUGGGAUUUGUUGAUGGAUUGGUCUCUUGUCAAACCUCGGGCAAAACACUUGCUCCUCCGAAACGAAAUUUCCUUCCCUCUACCAGUGUAUUAUGUAUCCAUAGUGAUUGAUGUGGUGGGAAGGAGCAUAUGGGUGAUAUACCUCAUUCCAGGAAGAGCAAGUGUAACCUUACGAUCCUUUCUAGCAGCAUUGGUGGAAAUGGGUAGGAGGGUAUGUUGGAACAAUCUUCGUGUAGAGAAUGAACAGAUUGGCAAUACGGACAGCUUUAAGAUCCUACGUGAUCUUCCGCUUCCUUAUCGACAGAAACUCAUUCACCAACGGGAGGUCGACGCAGAUGGUGUUGACAAAGGUGGCAUAUUUUCAAGUGUCAAACUCUCGGCUCUACGCAAGAAAUCUCAUCCAACAGCUGCUGCAGAUCCAACACAUCAUACCGAAGCGAGUGUUCCACAUCUCGCCACCACCCACCAGCGCUUAGACGAGCAAGAGAGCCAUCCAGACGAGAUGACGGCAAGGGAGAAAAGAAGGAAAAGUUGGAUCGAGAGUUUGAGGAAUACAUUGGUUCCGGAUGCGAAAGGGGUCGAGUAUGGAAAAGGUUUAGAUCAGAGGGCGGUGACCAAAGGGCAAAGUGGCAGAGAUUGCAUGCCUAGAAGGGGGGAGAAUUUGGGAGAGGAGGGGAUGCAGGGUUUUGAUGAGAGCGAUGAUGAUGAUGAGGAGGAGGAGGAAGAGGAGGAGGAAGAGGAGGAGGAAGAGGAGGAGGAAGAGGAGGAGGAGGAGGAGGAAGGGACGCAGGAGGGUCAUGGGAGUGAUUCUAACGAUGGUAGUGGUCAAGCGGUAGAGUUGCCUCAGACUCGGGCAAAGGCUGUGGCGAGGGGGAGCGCCUCCAAGCUGCCAAAGUCACGCUGA